ACAACUUUGUAAAUGAAUAGGUUUAUACACAUUUCACAAUUAUCAGUGACUUGACUGAUUAGUACCAAAAAAUGAGCCCGUGAAAUGAUUCCUUGAGAUUGUGUGUGUCUCUAAAGAUAUGCUGUGCCUUUGCAUUUAUAUCGUAGGAGUUUCAACUCUAACUCUGCCGUGGUUACAUAUGUGAGAGUAACAUUGUACAAAAAGUGAAUGAAACAUUAGCAGUGCUAACAAUGCGUUGUAUUACCGGUCUAUAUAUUUAGUAUGGGUUAAUUGCCUUCAGAGGGGUAAUAAGGGCAGAUAUUGACGCAAUCGAGGUGACGCCUCGAGUGCAACGAGUGUUGAAAUAAGAGACCUUGAAGUACUGUUGAAACGCAGCUUACUCCCGAAAUAACUGCUGCUGAAUGUUCUUUUGAGUAAUUCCAACGAAUCAGUUUCAUCAAUUUGUCCCAAGUAAAUGGACCCAUUUUCUUUUUCUAAAUGACAUGCUUAGCAUCCUGCCUGGAAUCGGUUAUCACGGGUACCUUUGGAACCCUGAACUUUCCCGCUACACCUCUGGACCAGACCGCUGACAGCCAAGAACGGUGUAGUGAAUACAGUAACAACACCCCCCUACCAAGAGCUACACGGACUUGUCGGGGGGAUCUCUUGUCGGGAGCUGUCUGGGAUGAUCCCGUGUUCCAAGACUGCUUUGAGGGAGAAGAUACUAAUGAGGUUUUGGACAACAUUGCAAGGGCAGUUGUGACAUCAGAGAAUGUGACCGAAUAUUCUAACGACGUUGCUGAAGCGACCGCGAAUGUCUCCGAUAUCAACGCAGAAGGUCUCCGAGCCAUCUCCGAUGCUCUGGAGAAAGUCGUCAACGCCGGGAACUCAUCGACAGAGGUCACCAACAACACCUUCCGGAUCGUCGACAAUGCUCUCGGUGCUCCCGACGAGGAGUUUGUUAACGCCGUCGAGUUCCAAACCUCGACGAGGAUUCUCGAUUUAUUGGAGCAACAGGUCACCCUCUUCCAGACCCAAGGCGACGGCAACAACCUCACCAUCGUCGGAAGGAGCGUAGCUGUAGUGGCCCUCCAGAUCCCAAAGGCCAGUCUGUUGGAGGGUUUCGGGUUCGCUACCCUGGCAUCGCCGGACGGUGAAGAGAAAAGCAACGUGCUCAACGAGCCGAAUGAAAAUAAAACGAUGGUUUACUUCUAUCCGGACAACAUCCCGAUGACAACAAUCGAUGCAACCAUUGUUUUGCCACCAGACAUUCUUGGACUUUUGCCUCCAUAUUUAUUAGGUGCAAUACACUACAUGUUACAAACCCAAACAUUACAUACAAUUGCAUAAUGAAACCGUCACCAAACUAGAAUGUAAACUACAAUCAUGAACUUUAAAUUAUGUUUCCGUCAAUUCGAUACAAUGAACAUUAAUGAAAUCUAUUUGCAAUCAUUCAAAAAACACGAGGCUUAGGUGGUAAGCGAGCAGUUGUUUUCAAAGCGUGAAUCCAUUUAGCAACACACAUUCCUGUAUGUUAACUUGUGUAUUGAUAAUUAAUAGUGAUACUGUCAGGUCUACUGCCUAAACAACAACAACAAUAACAACAACAGCAGCGAUAACAACAUGCAUAAAACUAUGAUGAAAUUAAGAGAAUUUUAUAUGAGACCAAAAAAGUUAAAUUAAUCAGUAAUUUUAAUAUGUGAGAAAAUGGGAAUAGCCAGUUAGAAUAACGCGUACACCCUUUCUUGAAAGUCCCUGAAAAGCAAUUCUUCUCCCAUCUUCUCUACCAUUCAGAAAAUGGAACUGGUCCAGUGACUUUCUUCAUAUUCCAGACCAGUAAGCUCUUCUUAAGUCCAGACCAAGAAUACGAUCUCGGCUGUGGUCGUCGACUAGCGGUCGGCACCCGGGUAAUAUCAGCGACCGUGGAGGGUGCGGUCAUUGAAGGUUUGCCGCAGGGUGGUGAAGUGG